GUUAGUUGUAUCCUAGUGGUCGCAUUAUUAGAUUAGCGCAUUCAUAAACAAACAUUAAUUUCAAUUUGAGUCGGUGUCAAAUUAGCGGGAUUACGGGAAUAGUGCGAUCGCUAAUUGAAACGUAGAGCACUCGAAAUGGGUCUUGACGUUUAUUUUCGGGCUGGAAAUUUGAUUUUUUUUUGAAUUGUGGGUUCGAUUUUUGAAGCGGCGAUUUAAAAAUGUUUGGAUACGACGAACAGUUGACGAAUUUGGCGGCAGCGUCGGACUACAGCGGAAGACUGAGUACGAACAAUACGAGGCAAUUUUCAGUGACGAGUUUGCUGAGGCUGGGACAAAAGAGGAGAAGUUCGGACGAAUCGAACGAAGGCUCCACUUCCGAAAACUCCCGAAGCGAAGAAAAAACCAAAAAACCCAGACGCAACCGAACAACCUUCACCACAGUCCAGCUAGCAGCCCUAGAAAAAGUUUUCGAAAAAACCCACUACCCCGACGCUUUUGUCCGAGAAGACCUAGCAGCCAAAGUCAGCCUUAGCGAAGCCAGAGUCCAAGUAUGGUUUCAAAACCGCCGAGCGAAAUUUCGAAGAAACGAACGAAGCUUAACCCUGCAGCAAACCCCAUCCACCAAACUGUCUUGCAAUAAGUCCAUUACGACACUGAAUCCGCGCUCCGACGCCAUGGAAAAGCCGCUAUUUCCGCACCAGAACAUGAUCCCUCCACACACCGCCGCGGAUCUGCAGUACGUUAUGCCCUGGAAGUGUUCGCAUGGGCAAUAUGGACAAGCGGAUUUGUACACGAGCAAUUUUAACGCACCCAUGGCGGCACAAACGUGCCCUUUUCUCUCUAGUAAUCCGUUUAAUUAUUGCUCGACGAACAUGUCGUCGAGUUCUGUGUGUAACAGAUUUGAUGUCAAUUCGUUGAGAUAUCGGCAUCAGGACUUUACGUUGUCGCCGUAGUUGAAAUCUAGCUUUAGUCUGUAUUGU